AUGGCUGCUACGCAUGCUUCAUCACGGCGAAGCGCCCGGUCCGCUGUCACGCCGACACGGCAUGGCCUGCGCUCGCACAUGCGCAUCACCAAGAGCAAGCAGCCCGUCGCCUCGGAAAAGGCCGCUGCCAUCAAGAAGCAAGUCAAGAUCGAAGCCGCCCCCGCCGCCGACGUCUUGUCCGCGCUGCCGCCGUCGUCCAUCGCAGACGUCAAGCCCCCGCCGCCGUCACCACGCAAGGGCAAGCAGACGCAGCACAUGACUACCACGCCGUUCCCCGACUUUGCCCGCCCAACACCAGCAGACUGCGCACUCGCCCACGAGAUCCUUGUCGCGCUGCACGGCGCGCGCGCGCGACCCUCCCAAGUCGUCGCCUCUCGCACCACCGCCGGCUGCGGCGACUCCCCCUCGGUGCUGGACGCGCUCGUGCGCACCAUUCUGUCGCAAAAUACGAGCUCCGCCAACUCGACGCGCGCCAAGCGCAGCAUGGACGCCGCGUACGGGCGCUCAGACGCCUGGGAGGCCAUUGCCGCCGGCGGGCAGCCCCAGCUACAGGCGGCGAUUCGCUGCGGCGGCCUGGCCGCGACCAAGAGCCGUGUCAUUGUGAACCUGCUGGCGGCGGUGCAUAGCAAAUACGGCAUGUACUCGCUAGAUCACUUGUUUCAUGCGAGCGACACCGAGGCCAUGGAGGAGCUGCUUGCGUUUCCCGGCGUCGGACCGAAAACGGCAAGCUGCGUGUUGCUGUUUUGCCUACAGCGCCCGAGCUUUGCCGUCGACACGCACGUGUACCGGAUCGCGGGGAUCUUGGGGUGGCGCCCGCCAGAGGCGACGAGGGAGCAGGCGCAGGCGCACCUGGAUGCCAGCAUCCCGGAUGCGCUCAAGUAUCCGCUGCACGUGCUGCUGAUUGCCCAUGGGCGGACGUGUCGUGCGUGCGGUGCGAAGGCAGCAGCUGGGGAAUCCUGUAAGCUGCGCAAGGCAUUCGCGGAAACAGGAUGA